AUGCCCAGCAAGAGGAAUAAAUACAACUCUCGCUUCCCAACAGCCAGAAUCAAGAAGAUUAUGCAGACAGACAAGGAGGUUGGCAAGGUGGCAGCUUCUGUGCCUGUCAUGAUCUCCAGGGCAUUAGAAUUGUUUUUGGAAUCGUUUCUCAAGAAAGCCUGUCAAGUGACCCAGUCUCGGAAUGCCAAGACCAUGACCACCUCCCACCUGAAGCAGUGUAUGGAACUGGAGCAGCAGUUUGAUUUCUUGAAGGACUUGAUGGCCACCAUGCCCAACAUGCAGGAAGAUGGAGAAGAUAAUCACCUGGAUGGGGAGAAAAGUGUCCGAAGGGGCCAGAAGCCCAGGAACAGCUGGAAAAGUGGUGGUGCUAGAGCAAAGGGGAAAGACAAGAAACAGUCUGGGACCACCUUGGAGCAGGAGGAUGAUUCUGAAGACACACAGACAGAUGGGGUGGAGAAGAUGCCACAGGUCCCACCCCAAUCCAGCCAGCCCAUGGCCCAAUUCCAGAGCCCCUUGGCCCCUUUCCUCCCCUUCUCCUCCACCCUGCUUCUCCCUCCAGCACCACCUGGCUUGACUGCUGUUGAAGAAGAAGAAGAAGAUUAUGACUCAUAG